AUGUCGGAAAAGAUAUGUAGCGUUGAUGCAUACUACAGAGGCUAUGAUAUUGGAAACCACUUCAAUGAAUAUGCAGGAUUUGAUUGUGACUAUAGCUUGUACCCCAAUAAGGAUGCACAAUAUCAUUUCUUUAGGCAUUAUUUGAAGCCUGACGUACCACAAGAGGAGUUGAUUGAUAUUGUUUGGAAGACAUGGAUUGGAGGAGCACCUCGACCUCCUCUUCAAGGCGGCGAUGCUGGAGAUACAUCUUUCAUUCUCACUGUUCUAAUUGCUUUCAUCGCAAUCGCUGCUCUGAUAUUGAUUCCAGCAUCAUUGUCAGCAUCAAACAGCACUUUCUCGAUUUUACAUCAGGUCCUGGAAGGUCAUGUUGGGGUAUACUGGAGAGGGGGUGCCCUUCUCAAAACAAUUACUGAUCCAGGUUUUCAUUUGAAGAUGCCAUUGAUAACUCAAUUUGAGCCCGUCCAGGUGACUCUCCAGACAGAUCAGGUGAAGGAUAUUCCAUGUGGUACAAAGGGUGGUGUUAUGAUAUACUUUGAAAAGAUCGAGGUUGUUAAUCGUCUUCGUAAAGACUAUGUGUACGAGACUCUGCUCAACUACGGCGUACAGUAUGACAAACUAUGGAUUUAUGAUAAGAUUCAUCACGAGAUCAAUCAUUUCUGCAGUGCCCAAUCCCUUCACCAAGUUUACAUUGACAAGUUUGAUCAGAUAGAUGAAAAUAUGAAAGAAGCUCUGCAGGUUGACUGCACACGGUAUGCCCCAGGCAUUGAAAUUCUAAGCGUGCGUGUCACUAAACCCACUAUCCCACAAUCUAUAAGGCGCAAUUUUGAGCUAAUGGAGGAGGAGCACUCCAAGGUGUUGAUUUCUGUUGAGCAACAAGCGGUAGCUGAAAAAGAAGCUGAGACACAGAGAAAGAUUGCUUUAGCAGAUGCCGAGAAGCGUUGGCAGGUUAGCAAGAUUCACAUGGAACAGAUGCUGAGUGAGAAAGCUAGUGCCCAGAGGCAAGAGGAAAUUGAUAAUCAGAUGUACUUGGCCCGUGAGAAAAGCUUGGCAGAUGCCAACUACUAUAAAGUGAUAAAAGAAGCCGAAGCAAACAAGUUGAAGCUUACACCCGAGUUCCUUGAGCUCAAUUUUAUUCAAACCAUUGCAAACAACUCUAAAAUCUUCUUUGGAGACAAGGUCUGA